AACUUUUAUUUUAAAUAGUCCUCGUUAUCUUGAGAUAGAUUUGUGAUCUGCGAUUGAGUGGCAAAUCAUUUUAACCGUACCGAAAAUGUUGUCUUCCAUAUAAUCGAUACCAGAGCAAUCGAUUGCAAGGAUCCUCAAUCGACGUAUACAAACUGAGUUUGAUAUAUAAUGGUAUAAUAGCACAUGGCAAACUCACCUGCGUUAUUAUGGCAUUGAGGCGAGCCUUGCAUUUCGUUUUCAAAGUGGGUGACAGAAGCAAAACGGCCACCUUUUACCGAGAUGUGCUCGGCAUGAAGGUACAUUUUCAGCUCUUUCGUAGAACAUCCUUAAAUGGAUUUCACUUGCACAGAGUGUACCACUGUUUCAUUCGUUUGUUAUGAUUGUGCUUCAAUGUUGUUCAUUGUGCUGUAAACUCACGUGAUAUUGGGGACUAGAUCACUGUUUUGCGUCAAAAUCACUGAUUUUAUUUCAGAUUUUGCGUCACGAAGAGUUUGAAGAGGGAUGCAAGGCCACUUGUAAUGGGUAGGCAGGCUGUCCACUUUACUGUUCAAACUUCACCUUGAAUCGGACUUUGGUCGGCUAACACCUCUUGUGAAAAUUUAUUGAUUUAAUUACUUGUUGUGUAACAAUACAGUCUCGCUCUCUCUCACAUAUGAUGCCCUACUUGCUUGUGUGUGUUCAGCCCUUAUGAUGGAAAAUGGAGCAAGACAAUGGUCGGCUUUGGUCCAGAGGAUGAUCACUUUGUGGCUGAACUGACCUACAAUUAUGGAGUGGGAGAAUAUCGCCUUGGCAAUGACUUCCUGGUAAGUGAAUGGUUAUUCAUGAACACUCAAUAUUGAUAUAUAGUUUUUAACCCAAUCCUAACUCAAUGUAUGCCACCAUGUCUUUAUUUCAGGGUCUGACUCUGCAGUCUAGCCAGGCUGUCAGCAAUGCUAAGCGGCUUGGUUGGCCCCUCACUGAGGUUGGAAAGGCCCUCUAUCUGGCUGAGGCCCCAGGAGGUUAUCGCUUCUACCUGGUGGACAAACAACAGCCUCCCAAUGGUUGGUCAAUAGUGCUUUGCACAGAAGAUCAUUGCUUUAGUAGACUGUAAAGUAGAGUAGUAGACUAUAGCCUACUGUGUUUAUUUUUAAGUCCAGGAGGAAAUGAAUUAACCUGGGUACCAGUCUUUGUGCCAUCAUGCCAAUCCUUGCCACUCCUUGUCAUGCCAUGUUUGGCUUACAUGGAGUAGGCAAGAGCACAAAUGGAUCUGGAACCAGUCUAGAUAUGAAUACUCCUAACAUUCAGGUAACUGCCAAAAUAAAGGAAACAAUAAUAUAGUUUCUUAAGAGUGUUGGAUCACCACGAGCCGCCAGAACAGCUUUAAUGCGCCUUGGCAUAGAUUCUACAAGUGUCUGGAACUCUAUUGGAGGGAUAUGACACCAUUCUUCCACGAGAAAUUCCAUCAUUUGGUGUUUUGUUGAUGAUGGAAAACGCUGUCUCAGGCGCCACUCCAGAAUCUCCCAUAAGUGUUAAAUUGGGUUGAGAUCUGAUGACUGAGAGACACACAUACACCCUUUAAACCCCAUAUGCUCCUUUGAUACCCCUCUUUCAAAGUCACUGAGAUCUCUUCUAGCCAUGGUAGCCAGAAUAAUGGGCAACUGGGCAUUUUUAUACAUGACCCUAAGCAUGAUGGGAUGUUAAUUGCUUAAUUAACUCAGGAACCACACCUGUGUUUUUCACUUGGUUAAAGAUCCUGUACAGAAGGUGUGUCUGGCAGUGUCUGACCUGCAGAAAUCAACACACUACUGGUCCUCCCUUCUGGGGAUGAAGGUGAUAGAGAGAAGUGAGGAGAAGAAGACUGUGCUGAUGGGAUUCGCAGACUCUCAGGUCGGUGGUGGCACCUUAAUAGGGGAGGACGGGCACGUGGUAAUGGCUGGAGUGAAAUUAGUGGAAUGGUAUCCAUAUAGUUGAUGACAUUCCAUUUGCUCCGUUCCAGCCAUUAUUAUGAGCCGUCUUCCCUCAGCAGCCUCCUGUGUUCUACACUUAGAACAUGACUGUGUGUUUGCAUGAAUUGAUAAGAUGGUGCUAAUGCUAGGUGUGUGCGCUUUUCUGUAUAUUUGCAGUGUAAACUAGAGCUUCACAACAUUGGUGGGACAGUAGAUCAUGGGACAGCCUUCGGGCGGAUAGCAUUCUCUUGUCCACGUGAGCAGGUGAAGUAAUAGACCCUUUUCCAGUACACGACACACUGACGUCACGCGCAGAAGCCAUCGCCAUCUGCGCCCAUUCAACAUUGCCUAGAUUAAAGUUUUUAUUACUUCUAAACAAAAUAACUUUUUGGGGUUCUCAUAUGCUUACAAUGAUGUUUUGAUUCUUGCUUGAACAGUUGCUAAGAUUAUAUUUGGUUGUGAUCUUUGUAAAAUAACUAUUUUGGAUGCAGCAGUUGUUAACUAGAAUGCUAACGCUCAUUGAUACAGUGGGGAAAAAAAGUAUUUAGUCAGCCACCAAUUGUGCAAGUUCUCCCACUUAAAAAGAUGAGAGAGGCCUGUAAUUUUCAUCAUAGGUACAUGUCAACUAUGACAGACAAAAUGAGAAAAACUAAUCCAGAAAAUCACAUUGUAGGAUUUUUUAAAUGAUUUUAUUUGCAAAUUAUGGUGGAAAAUAAGUAUUUGGUCAAUAACAAAAGUUUCUCAAUACUUUGUUAUAUACCCUUUGUUGGCAAUGACACAGGUCAAACGUUUUCUGUAAGUCUUCACAAGGUUUUCACACACUGUUGCUGGUAUUUUGGCCCAUUCCUCCAUGCAGAUCUCCUCUAGAGCAGUGAUGUUUUGGGGCUGUCGCUGGGCAACAUAGAUUUCAACUCCCUCCAAAGAUUUUCUAUGGGGUUGAGAUCUGGAGACUGGCUAGGCCACUCCAGGACCUUGAAAUGCUUCUUACGAAGCCACUCCUUCGUUGCCCGGGCGGUGUGUUUGGGAUCAUUGUCAUGCUGAAAGACCCAGCCACGUUUCAUCUUCAAUGCCCUUGCUGAUGGAAGGAGGUUUUCACUCAAAAUCUCACGAUACAUGGCACCAUUCAUUCUUUCCUUUACACGGAUCAGUCGUCCUGGUCCCUUUGCAGAAAAACAGCCCCAAAGCAUGAUGUUUCCACCCCCAUGCUUCACAGUAGGUAUGGUGUUCUUUGGAUGCAACUCAGCAUUCUUUGUCCUCCAAACACGACGAGUUGAGUUUUUACCAAAAAGUUAUAUUUUGGUUUCAUCUGACCAUAUGACAUUCUCCCAAUCCUCUUCUGGAUCAUCCAAAUGCACUCUAGCAAACUUCAGACGGGCCUGGACAUGUACUGGCUUAAGCAGGGGGACACGUCUGGCACUGCAGGAUUUGAGUCCCUGGCGGCGUAGUGUGUUACUGAUGGUAGGCUUUUUUACUUUGGUCCCAGCUCUCUGCAGGUCAUUCACUAGGUCCCCCGUGUGGUUCUGGGAUUUUUGCUCACCGUUCUUGUGAUCAUUUUGACCCCACGGGGUGAGAUCUUGCGUGGAGCCCCAGAUCGAGGGAGAUUAUCAGUGGUCUUGUAUGUCUUCCAUUUCCUAAUAAUUGCUCCCACAGUUGAUUUCUUCAAACCAAGCUAAGCUGCUUACCUAUUGCAGAUUCAGUCUUCCCAGCCUGGUGCAGGUCUACAAUUUUGUUUCUGGUGUCCUUUGACAGCUCUUUGGUCUUGGCCAUAGUGGAGUUUGGAGUGUGACUGUUUGAGGUUGUGGACAGGUGUCUUUUAUACUGAUAACAAGUUCAAACAGGUGCCAUUAAUACAGGUAACAAGUGGAGUACAGAGGAGCCUCUUCAAGAAGAAGUUACAGGUCUGUGAGAGCCAGAAAUCUUGCUUGUUUGUAGGUGACCAAAUACUUAUUUUUCACCAUAAUUUGCAAAUAAAUUCAUAAAAAAUCCUACAAUGUGAUUUUCUGGAAAAAAAAUUCCUCAAUUUGUCUGUCAUAGUUGACGUGUAUCUAUGAUGAAAAUUACAGGCCUCUCUCAUCUUUUUAAGUGGGAGAACUUGCACAAUUGGUGGCUGACUAAAUACUUUUUCCCCCCACUGUAUAGGACUGUAGCAAAAGCUAGCCAAAGAGACAUUUUACUGGUUGAAGUUUAAGUGUUUUUUUAAGUAUAAUGCAGUUUAUUUGCGAUGAGGACACAAACAUGAUAUUAAACAGGACAUUCAUACAAGUCUUAAAAUCCAAUUAUAAUCCAAAAGUAGUGUGAAAUGCACUCAUAAGCAAAAUGUAAAUAGAGGCUUUUUUUGCUGGCGUUCUAUAAGAACUUCCCCUUGUUCUGCCACCAACUUGCGCGCAUCGCCCUCGAGCGGCAAUGUUUGCAAACACAGAAAGGGGUCUAUACAAUGCUAUAAAUUCUUCGUUUUUUUGCCCUACAGACUCUUUACAUACAUGCACACAGAAAGCAAUAUUCAACUAUUUGUUUUAUUAUUUUUAGUUGGCAGAUCUUGAAGCCCUGAUGACAAAAGAAAACCAUAAAAUACUUACUCCCUUGGUUAGCCUGAACACUCCUGGGAAGGCUACAGUAGAAGUGGUCAUUUUGGCUGAUCCAGUGAGUACAUUACCAAAUAAUUAACAUGGGUAGCCUUUAAAAAAAAAUAUAUAUAUUUAUAUUUUAUUAUUUUUUAAUUAUAUAUAUUUUUUUCUUUUGGGGGGUAGAUCAGCUUUAAUACUGCAGAUAGAUUGUAACUUCCAUCAAUGUAAUUGUCUGCAUCACUUCCAAUCCCCCAUAUGUUUAUUUUCUUCUCGCAAAUAGGGUAGACUUGAUUAAUUAUAAAUUCUCAACAUAAUAACUGUGGUCAUCUGUGGUCUAGGAUGCCCAUGAGAUCUGCUUUGUGGGAGAUCAGGCAUUCAGACAACUCUCCCAGAUGGACCCCAGUGGAAAUGCAUUGCUGGAUAAGGUUGGUAUUUAGAAAUAUUAUACAAAUGAAACAAUACUUUGCAUUAACACAGAGUACAUGCUCUUAAUUUCUUACCCUAAUUUAUUUUCAGGCAAUGGCUGAAGAUAAAAGUGAUGAGUGGUUUGCCAAGCACAACAAGCAGAAGGCUUCAGCAUAAGUGCUUAGAACAUAGCUGAGCUGUCAUGGAUCUACAGGACAUUUCCAACCACUGUACCUGGAUGUGUUUGUGAACACUCCAAUAGAGGUGUAGAGCAUGGGCUCUCUAAUUGUCUGUACCUUUUGCCUCAUAUAUGGUAUUACCCUUCCAGCUGCACGAUGUCAGUAGAUUUUACUCAACCAGAAGUAUUAUUUUGAGAUGCUUAGAAUGAGACUGAAAGUGUAGCUGUAUUUCAGUCAUACUGUGGCAAAAGCUUGAUGAACAUGGACCACUUUUAUAUUAACCUUGUUUGUGUAUGCAUUGAAAAAAAUCGUGCCUAUUCAGCUCAAUUAAAUAAAUAAAAGACUGUAAUAAUUGUGACUUCAUGAGAACAGUGAAUUACAAUAAUGCAAGUGUAUGGUAGAAAAGUAAUAUCCAUUUGAAGUCUUCACACUGCCAAAUUGUAGGUCAAGUUUUGUGAAAUGUGUAGACACUGCAGGUUGAAAAACCAAUGAAAGGAGCGGGUAUAUGCAUAUCAUGUGAUGUUGAAGCUGUGUCAUGUCAUGCUCAUUGAACUAUCAAAUGGGGAUAUCAAACUGAGCUAUAUCAAAAGGGAAUGGCAUUAACAUUUUCUUAAAGAUGGGAGAAUUGCCUAACCUUUGCAACUACUCACUCCUACUACCAUUUUCUAGUGAUCCCCUUUCUUUGGCAUGAGAUGAAUGACACUGAAUAAGAAAGUGUCUAGUCCCUUAUUAAACUAGCUGUUGUUGAGUGGUUAUGCAUAAUAAAGAGGGAGAAGCAUAUGAAAUCAUUUUUGAAUAAACUUGUGUGCAC